AACCUUGAUCAUGCACCCUGGUAACUUUGCGACGAUACGUUACGAUGGAAGGACGGAGGCGCCUGGAUUUUGAUGCCGGAUGAAGAACAAUGCGCCUGCCAAAUACAGGGCAUGUUAUUGUUCUCGUUAUACCCUGCGGUGAUUAUUGCUGGUCCCUGCGUAUAUAAACUCGAAUCUCGUACCAGGAACCUCCAGUCUCGCCUCUUCCACCAGUCUCUCCUGCAGUGCAGUCCACUCAUUCUUUUUUUCCUUCACUUCAAUUCAACCAGGCGUUGUUUUCUGCAAUACUGUCAUUCUAAUUGCUCCUACUUCUCUUGCACGUCAUGAUUGCUGGUGUUUCAAAAGCUGUCACUCUGUACCUCUCGCCCAUCUUGGCGUUGACGUCCCUUUUCCUGAUCAUGUUUGCGUACCUCGCCCCGACCGUGCUAUUACAUGAUCGUGUGGCAUUGCUUGUGGUAUCGCCGUCCACGACAUUAACGACGAACUCUACUUCCUCCUCAAACAUCGAUGGGCCUACAGUAUUCCUUGGAGCACUCGGCUCCUGCUCGCGCACGAGUAAUGACGGCGACGUCUCUUGUACUAUCCCUACUCUGUCUCCAGAAUACGACCUGUCCGCUCUACCAAGCGGAGCUCCCGACAUGCUGACUGCCCCGACGUCCACAACUCCAGCCUUCAUCGCAGUUUCCAUCGGCUUCUCCAUAAUUUUCUUCGUUCUCUUUACUAUGACUUCGCUUCGGGGAUCUCUUGGAGCAAAAAUGUCCGCCGCUCUCGACAAGCCAAUGAUUCAACGCACGACGGCUUGGAUUGGCUUGCUUGGGUUCAUGAUUGGGCUCACCGCUUUCCUUGUCCUUCGUAUGUGGAUGGGAAAAGCCGUCGAGGAUUUCAACAAGGACAUCACAGAAGGCAACAGCAGCGCCGAGCUCAUUGCUGAUACCAGCAACGGCUUCACCAUGAUCUGGGUGGGAUACUCGUUUCACGCUGUCCCUCUCAUCUGCGCUCUGGCGAAGCUCCAUGUCACGGCUUCCGCGGGCAAGUGAUCCCAUGAGGCAUGCCUCUGACAUCGUCACUUCACUUCUGCGGCGAAUGCUUCUCUAGGACUAAUCGGACGCUUCACGUGGACUAUUAUAGCCGCGUAUCAUCUUCUUGCAUCAUGGACCAAAAUAUAUACAUAUAUCCUCUUCUUGACUGGUUACUCCAUCUUGUAGCAUAAGUAGUGUUGUAGCUCAU